AUGCGCUACAGUAACUGGGAUGUCCUCCUUUUCGCUGGUGGUUCGAAGGUGCCUAUCCAAGAGUUCAAGACACAAUGCUUUGUGACCAAGGACAAAGACUCGCCCUAUUUGCACAACGAAGUCUUCCUUGGCCAUCAUGCACACCAUCCCGACCCAGGUCUUUUUAAUCAGCUGCCAGUCCUCACGACCUUCAUCCCGAGUCUACCCAAAGACAGCCCAUUCCAAGUCUCAAUUCAUAGUUGGGAGAAGCCACGACCUAGUGUACAGAUUGAGUCCAAUAUGGAACCGGAGGACGUUUUACUCUUCGAGGCGCGGAUAUUCAUCGAUGGGGUCUUUGUUGCAGGUAGUAUACAUGGACAAAUAACUAGUUGGCCACAGAUUAUGGUUCAAGCAGGUCUUGAUCGAGAUGGAAACCAAGACACCCUUCGAUUCCCUCCCUUUCAUUCUGAAAUACUACAGCAGAAGCAUUGGGAUGCCGGAGACUCUCAUGGCAGAAUCAAGGUUGUUAUUGCAGAAGGUUUCUCUCGCCCCAAUCGCUCGCCCCCUUUCGAACGAUUCAAGCAUGUCAUUGUUUUCUCUUUUCAGCAUGCACCACUAGAUGUGCUGGAAUUCUCCGACAUUGCUUGGCCCAAUCCCAACAUGUGGCUUGCUAUGCCGAACGCAUCCCGGUAUGGAGCGAGAUAUGGUACCUCCAAGGUAGUUGGCGAUGGCGGCCAUGGACAUUCGCCAAGCAAGCCUAGCAGCAGACCCGAACAUCGAAUUACAAUCACGGCUAACACGAGUAGCCAGUCUAGCAGCAAUACAGCUACCUACAGUGGUAGUAAUUCAUCAACUUACAAUGCCUGGACUCCUCACCGUGGGUUUCCCAUCCCAUCCACACAAUGGCACGGCUAUCCACAAGAGCCUCGAUGGGAGCCACAGGAUACAUACAUCGUGGAACCUGCCCUGGAUGCCUUCGUUGACGAUACAGCAUGGCGGCAGCGUGGUGCUCGAUCCUCCCGUGAGGAUAUCCCAAUGCCAGAUUAUGCUUCCACAGGAUCGACUAGCAGCCGGGCUAUAUCUAGCAUGACUGGAAUAAGCUACGAACACAGCAAGCAGCCCAGUAUCAAUUCCUGUCUGGAUGAUGAACAAUACAAUGAGCUGAUAGAAGCUCUGACACCAACGAAGGCGCCUCCUGCAGGUACUCGCGCACCCUCCAAUACCCCCUCCACUGCGAUGUCUGCCUCAAAGCCUUCUGCUGCAGCCGAAGCUCGAUCUGCAAGUUACAAGACUCGAAGCCGCCGUGCAUCCGCACUCAGAGAGAUAUCACAGCCAAGCACCCGUGAUGUUUCGGGAUCGAGCGAGCCCAAGAAUUUGACUCCAUCCAAGCUUGGGGCGAGCCCAAGCGAGAAAGUUCGGAGCAAAAAAGAGGCCCAGAAAGAGACACAGAAGGAGACCAACCAGGAGACCCCGAAAGCGCAGUCUAAGGGUAAGGGAACUACGAAGGAAAACCGCAACUCCAAGGACGUCGAAAACGCGCAGGACGAAAAUGAGUCUGUCCUGUAG